AUGAUUGCCCCCUCCUCCAAACCCCUUCCCUACACGGCAAACCCUCUCCUCCUCGUCCUCAACGACCUCUGGCUCUUCAUCCAAAUCACCUUCACCUUGCCCCCCUCGGCCGGUCUGCCCAGCAUCAUCUUCCCCAUCGGCCCUACCCGAUCCAAAGGCCUGGACGAGUUGGCCCUGACCUGGCCCAACGCAAAGGCCAGCUUUCUGCAUCUGGUGCUGGUGGUGGCACAGAUCCUGUUUCUGGUCUCCCUGUUUCCCCUGGCCUAUUUUCUGGUCCCGGCCCUGUACUUUCUGUACAUUGUCGCCUUUGUGCUGGCGAACCAGUGGUUCACCGUCCUGCUCAAUGGCCGCCGUCGCUCUGGCUUUCAGUCCAACCCACGCUGCGUCCAGGGGAGACGCAGAUUUGAACAUGAGCAAUGGGUGUUUAUCAAUGGAGUUGCGGUUGGCGAUCAUUGGCUCCAGGCCAACCUCGACCGUCUCGCCAUGACAUUCAGACGCCCGGUGAUUGGCAUCCAUAAUCAGACCCGCGGCAUCAUCUUCGACGUGCUCGAAUGCAUCAUCCAGCGCACGCUGGGCUAUCCCACACUCGACAUCCGACAGGAAUACGAGCAGCUCCUGGCCAUCGUGUCCGACCCAUCCAUCCACAAGGUAGUGCUGAUCGUGCACAGCCAGGGCGCCAUCGAAGGCGGCAUGGUCCUCGACUGGCUGUAUGCCACAGUGGCGGCCGAACAGAUCCGCAAACUCGAGGUCUAUACUUUCGGCAAUGCCGCCAACCACUGGAACGCGCCGGUGAUCACGGUGACGGACGAGACGGACGGCAACACCGCCAGUGCCACCGCCGUCAGCGCCACCAGUGCCCCGGCCAGCGCCGGCCUCGGGGCCACCCUCGACGGCGACCCGGCCCAGAGCGGCCGCGUGGUCAAACAUAUCGAGCACUACGCCAACACGGGCGACUACGUGUCUCGAUUCGGCAUCCUACAUUUCCGACCUGCCUUUGAACAACAGGACCAGCGUCAGCAACUGCAACUGCAGACCUUUCGGGCGAAAGGAUGGAGUGAUAUGUUUCUGCCAGGGAGACAAUCUCGCAGUCCAGCAGCACUGGCUCCGGCAGACAAAGGAUGGAGCAGUAAGACACCCCCGCGCUCAAUCGGCGACGUGUUGGAUUGGUCGUCCAAGCCUGCGCCCGCGUCCGGCCGCGACGAUACAGCAACACCAACACCAAGAGCAGCGGCAGCAUCAACACCAACGGCAGCGCCAACAGCAACACCAACGGCAGCGGCAGCGUCAGCUCGACAACUAAAGCUUGCCACCACCACCGCAGCACAGUCCGACCUCGACCGACAAACCACCCAUCAUCAACGCCACCCUCACCUUCACCACAGCAGUGUCCUCUCGCCCAAGACGCCCAUCGAGCGAAUCGGCAAAGGUCUAGGCAGUGGCGAAGACGACAACAAGUUCGUCGGCCGGCUCUUCAAGCGCGUCGGCUCCGGCCACCAGUUCAACCAGCAUUAUCUGGACAACAUGUUCGAGAUGGAGGGCAUCGACACCCGCGAUCUGAGUAAAGGCCGAGUGAGGGAUGGGAACGCCUUUAUGGAUGCCGAUGUCGACUUGGACAUUUUGGAGGACUGGGACACUGUGCAGGUGAAGACGCCGGGGUGGGGUGGUAGUGGCGGAGGUGGUGGUGGUCAAGGGGGUGGUAUUGGUGGUGAUGGUGGUGAUGGUAAUGGUGUUGCUGGUGGUCACGCCCAAACUGAUGGUUAUGGAGGUGGCUACGGCGGCGGUCGUGGAGGUGGUCGCGGAGGAGGAGGAGGAGGUGGUGGUGGUCAAGGCCAAGGUCAACCCCAAACUUGGGGUCCGGGUCGAGAGAAAACUGCGCGGCUCGCGGGAGGUAGGCUCCGCGUGAAGCACCUGAGUCGGCUGUGGGCAUAUAGGAAUGGAGGAGAGCCAGAUGAACCAGGGAGGAAUUAG